AUGUCACAGCAGUAUGUUGCCACAGCUAAAAAAGCGACAGCUGUCAGUAAGUCUCUGGUGUGCCAUUUCACUGGGCCGGAUGAUUUGAACUUGGUUAUCGCGAAAGGUGCACACCUCGAGAUCCGAGCGAUCACCGCGGAGGGCCUUCAGCACAGGCUCGACGUUCCGCUUUAUGGCGCGAUCGCAACCAUGGAAGCGUAUCGCCUAGCGGACGAGAACUGCGAGCGUAUUUUCGUCCUCACGGAGCGCUAUCAGUUUUGUGUUCUCCAGUACGAUGUAUCACGGCAGGAAAUCCGCACGAGAAGCAGCGGCUCGGUGAAGGAUCGCAUCGGUCGCGCCAUUGACAACAGCAAGAUUGGAGUCAUGGAUCCGCAGAGCCGCAUGAUUGGUCUUCACCUGUACGAAGGUUACUUCAAGGUCAUUCCAAUGGAUGCCAAGGGGCAGCUGAAGGAUGCUUUCAACAUCCGGCUGGAAGAACUGGAGGUGCUAGACAUCCAAUUUCUCUCCGGGUGUCCCAAGGCUACGAUCGCAGUGCUGUACCAGGAUCAGCGCAAUGCCCGCCACAUCAAAACGUACACGAUCAGCACGCGUGACAAGGAAUUUGACACCGGACCUUGGGCGCAGUUGAACGUAGAACACAACGCCAGCGAACUUAUCCCUGUCCCCGCGCCCUUUGGCGGGGUUCUUAUUCUUGGACACCAGACAAUCUGUUACCACAGCGGGAAGGCUUUCAUAACCAUUCCGAUUCAGAACACAAGGAUGUGCGCGUACGGGUGGGUUGACGCGGAUGGAUCGCGCCUACUUGUCAGUGAUCACUCUGGAGGCCUGCACGUCGUCAUUCUCACGCCCGAUGCGACGAAUACUGCCGUGGAGACAGCUCACAUCGAGGCGCUUGGGGAGACGAGUUGUGCCUCCAGCAUUUCCUACCUGGACAACGGUGUGGUGUUCAUCGGAAGUGCUUCCGGAGACAGCCAGCUUAUCAAGCUUAACCCAGAAAAGGAUGCGCAAGGCACCUACAUCCAAGUGCUGGAAACUUACGACAACCUUGGGCCCAUACUGGACAUGUGUGUCGCCGACCUGGACCGGCAGGGACAAGGACAGGCUGUUACGUGCAGCGGCUGCAGCAAGGACGGGUCGUUACGAAUUAUUCGCAAUGGCAUCGGGAUCAACGAGCACGCUGCCAUAGAACUUGCCGGUAUUAAGGGGAUGUGGUCUCUUCGCCCGUCGAACACGAAUCACGACAAGUACCUGGUGCAAGCAUUUAUCAGCGAGACUCGUGUGUUGGCCUUCGAGGAAGAUGAAGAUGGUGACCACCAGCUCGCAGAAGGAGAAAUCGCGGGGUUUCAAGAAGGCUGCACGCUGUUCUGCGGUUGCGUGGGUGGGAACAUGGCUGUUCAGGUAACCAAGAGGGGGGUCGUCCUCAUCUGUUGUGAUGGUCUCCAAGAAAUCGACCGGUGGGACCCGCCAACCGAUCUCAACAUUACAGUGGCUUCUGGUAACGCAACAAGAGUCGUGCUUGCGCUCGGUGGUGGCAACCUGGUGCAUCUGGAGGUAGAUGCGACAGCCAAGAAGCUAGUGCAAAAGGCGCGCGUUCAGCUUGACAACGAAAUCGCGUGCAUCAGCCUCAAUCCCCCAAGCAAUCAACCGGUCUCGAACGCUGAGCCAGCGACAACGGCAAUGGAGUGUGACGAGGAGAGCAAGUUGGAUUCGCUUGUUGCUGUGGGGAUGUGGACAGACAUGACGGUGCGACUGUUGUCCCUACCGGACCUCCAGGGAGUGUCAUCUCAGCCUCUUGGAGGUGAUACUCAGGCCCGCUCUGUGAUUCUGGCUACCAUUGCUGAUGUACACUACCUUUUCGUCGGCUUGGGUGAUGGCCAUGUAGUUUCGUUUCCCCUCGAGGUGACUGCCGAGUCAACGCUGGCAUUGGGGACGCCAAAGAAGGUGGCCCUUGGAACUCAGCCAGUAGGACUUGCCUGUUUCCGCAACAACGGAAUGGUGUGUGUCUUCGUCGCCAGCGACCGCCCUGCGGUCAUCUACUGCAGCGGAGGCAAGCUCCUCUACGCCAACGUCAAUAUGGGGGAGGUCAACUCCGUGUGCUCUUUCGACUCCAGUGAGCUCCCCCACUGUUUGGCAUUGGCGAGUGAAAACAGCUUGACCAUUGGCACCAUCGAUGACAUCCAGAAGCUUCAUAUCCAGAAAGUCAGCCUUGGAGAAGCACCGCAGCGUAUCACCCACCACGAUUCGGGCCGGAUGUUUGGUAUCAUCACCACCAGCUAUCGUGCGGUGGAGAAUAGCGACGAGGAGGAAGAGCACAACUUCGUCAAGUUUUUGGACGACACGAACUUCGAAGAGCUGUACUGCCAUCCCCUCGACGCAUUCGAGAAUGGAUCCUCAAUGGUGUCCUGCGUAUUCGCGAAUGACAAGAAGGAAUACUUGGUGGUGGGCACUGGGUAUGUCCGGGAGGAUGAAUGUGAGCCUGCAGUUGGGCGCUUGCUAGUCUUUAGCGUGGAAGGCCAAGGUGCGGAACGUAAGGUGGAUCUUGCGGCAGAAGUGGAAACGCGGGGGGCUGUGUACGUGCUCAACGGUUUCAACGGCAAACUCCUCGCAUGCAUCAACAGUAAGGUGCAACUUUUCCGAUGGAUUGAAAAGGAUGAUGGGAUCCAGGAGCUCCAGACCGAGUGCGGGUAUCACGGGCACAUCCUGGCGCUGCACAUGCAGAGUCGGGGUGACUUCAUCAUCGUUGGAGACCUCAUGCGUUCCGUGAGUCUACUCGUCUACAAGGCAGUCGAUGGUGCUAUCGAGGAGGUUGCUAGGGACUACCAUGCAAACUGGAUGACGGCGGUCGAGAUGCUGAACGACGACGUGUACAUCGGCGGAGAAGCCGACUGCAACAUCUUCACUUUGCGACGAAACGCAGACGCUGCAACCGAAGAAGAAAGGGCUCGGCUGGAGAUCCAGGGCGAGUUCCAUCUCGGCGAGUUCGUGAACAAGUUUUGCCGGGGAUCUCUUCUCAUGCAGUCUUCCGAGGUAAACAGUCCAGGUGGGAUGGACAGUCCACUCGUAAAGGGGCAACCGCUACUUUUUGGAACUGUCAAUGGCAUGGUGGGAACAAUCCUCACUUUGACGGAGGACAACCACCGGUUUUUGGCCCAAUUACAAACUGCGAUGACCAAGGUCGUGAAGGGGGUCGGAGGCUUCAGUCACGAUGAAUGGCGAUCAUUCACCAACGGGCGCCGGACGUCCCCAUCUUCGAAUUUCAUCGAUGGAGAUCUGGUUGAAUCUUACCUCGAUAUGCCUCGUCACAACCAAGAAGAGGUGUUGAGGCACGUCGACACGCCAGUGGGAGAUAAGCAGUGGGCCGUGGAGGAUGUAGUCGUCAGGGUCGAAGAAAUGCAGCGGUUGCACUAGGGUGCGAAAGUAGAGUUGGCACGCAUGACUUUGUUGUAUAUAUUGGGCUCAUCGCGCUUUGCCGGAUUUUGCGGCGGCACGGUAGGCAGGAUCUUGUACGAUGAAGACGAGUGGUUUCGAUGUAAUCUUGUGGAAGUAUGAUGGAAACAGACACUCCUCCCCAAUUUAUUUGCCAGCAAGCGAAAGGCAUACCAAGAG